AUGGCUGGAUCAGCGUUGCGGCGGCUUAUGGCGGAAUACAAACAGCUGACUAUCAAUCCUCCAGAGGGCAUUAUUGCAGGACCUAUUAACGAAGAGAACUUUUUCGAGUGGGAGGCACUUAUCACAGGACCUGAAGGUACAUGCUUCGAAGGUGGCAUAUUUCCUGCAAAGUUACACUUUCCCCCGGACUACCCACUGAGCCCACCUAAAAUGGAGUUCACAUGCGAGAUGUUUCACCCAAACAUAUAUGCUGAUGGCCGUGUGUGCAUAUCAAUCCUGCAUGCGCCUGGUGACGAUCCCAUGGGGUAUGAAAGCAGUGCUGAGCGAUGGUCGCCUGUACAAAGUGUGGAGAAAAUACUACUCUCUGUCGUCAGCAUGCUAGCUGAGCCAAAUGAUGAGAGUGGUGCCAACGUUGAUGCCGCCAAAAUGUGGAGAGAAGAUCGAGAACAGUUCAAUAAAAUUGCUGAGAAACUUGUCAGAAAAACCCUGAGUUUGGAAUAG